AUGUUGAGACUUAAUCCCAAUAAAUGUACAUUCGGGGUAAAAUCAGGAAAGCUACUAGGGUUCAUUGUCAGCAAUACAAGAAUAGAAGUUGAUCCAGAGAAAGCGAAUGCAAUCAUCAAUAUGCCUCCCCCCAAGAACGAGAAGGAAGUGCGAGGUUUUCUAGGAAGAAUUCAAUAUAUCAGUCGAUUCAUCGCGCAACUAACUCCGGUUUGUGCACCAAUCUUUAAAUUGCUGAGAAAGAACUCGCCAAAGGAGUGGAAUGAAGAGUGUCAAGAGGCAUUUGAUCAGAUAAAGAAGUAUUUGUCCAAUCCACCUGUGUUGGUCCCUCCGGUUCCUGGGAAACCAUUGUUGUUGUAUUUAUCGGUAACUGACUCAUCAAUGGGGGAAGUUUUAGGACAAUAUGACGAAGAUGGUAAGAAAGAGCAGGCAAUAUACUAUAUCAGCAAGACAUUGUCCGGAUACGAAUCAAAAUAUUCCACAUUAGAGAAAACAUGCCUUGCCCUUAUCUGGGCUACUCAACGGCUUAGACAUUACAUGGUAUCUCAUUCAGUGCAGUUGUUAUCAAGGAUGGACCCGCUUAAAUAUCUAUUUGCAAAGCCAAUGAUCUCAGGGAGAACGGCCAGGUGGCAGUUGUUGCUAGAAGAAUUUGACAUCACUUAUGUGACACAAAAGUCAAUAAAGGAAAGAGAAAUAGCGGAUCACUUAGCAACACAACCUAUUCCAAAUUGUGAGACACCCAUAACAGAAUUUCCCAACGAACAUAUUCUUGUUGCUGAACAAGAUGAUGAAGGUGAAUUAUGGAGGAUGUAUUUCGAUGGAGCAAUGAACCCAGUUGGUAAAGGAACAGGGGAAAUUUUGAUAUCUCUUGAUGAGGUACGCAUUCCAAUUUCCGUUCGAUUGAAUUUCAAUUGUACCAACAACAUGGCUGAAUAUGAAGCAUGGAUUGCUGCCUUAGAAUUAUCCGCCAAAAAGUUGGAGACACAAGAAUCAGUUUGCAAUGCAUUAGCCAUUUUAGCAUCACUAAUCCCAAUCCCAGGAGAUUCCACAGUCAAACCCAUCGAGGUGGCACGAAGAGAGCGACCAACUUACUGUUAUGCGGUCGAGAUUGAAGCAGAAAUGCCAAACGGAGACCCAUGGUAUCGAGAUAUCAAAAAGUACUUAGAAGACCGAAAUAUUCCUGACGGAUUUAGCAAAAAAGAGCGUCGUUACAUACAACGCAUGUCUUUUCAAUUUAUCAUUCUCGGAGGAGCGCUUUAUAAAAAAUCUUAUGAUGGGAUUUUGCUGAGGUGUGUAGAUGGAGAUGAAGCUCGACGCCUUCUUAAUGAGUUGCAUCCUCUUACAUCACCAUGGCCUUUUUCUGUCUGGGGCAUUGAUGUACUUGGGAAAUUGGAUCCUUCCGCGUCAAAUGGACAUGAGUACAUCAUAGUGGCAAUUGAUUAUUUUACAAAGUGGGUGGAGACAAUAUCUGUAAAGAAUCCUACGAGGAAUCAGACUGUUAAAUUCCUCACAAACAACAUCAUAUGUCGUUACAGAUUGCCAAAUGAGAUUAUAUCAGAUAAUGGAUCCAAUUUUGUUAGCAAGGAGGUAAAAAGGGAGUGUGAAAAGUACAAGAUCCAGCUAAUCAACUCAACCGUUUACAUGUCGCAAACCAACGGUGCUGUGGAAGCUGCAAAUAAGACAUUAGGCAGAAUUUUGAAGAAGAUGACAUAA